CCGCGUCGGGGCAAAAAAUGAAAGGUGUUUUGGGAGAAACUCGUCUUGUUUUGCUUUGUUCCUCGACCCCCGACACUCGACGUGCGAACGGGGUGUACGGAAAGGAGCCGAACCACCGAUGACGUUCGCCAAAUCGACACCAGAGAGCGCUUUUCAUAGGCAAAAUGAUCAUUUUCGUGUUAUAGGAUUGAUGACUGUGAGAUAGUUCAAAAGGUCAAUGCGCCGUGAUCUUGUGUCGGAGAAAUAUAUGAUUAUUGUCUGGGAGAAGACGUGAAAUUUUUAAAUAACAUGAGAAGUUUGCUUUGGUUUGUUUCGAUUUUGUUGUGCCCUGGUGCUUUACUGGGCAAAAAGAAUGUGCUUUUCAUUGUGGUCGAUGACCUCCGACCUGCACUCGGUUGCUACAAUGACUCUGACGCUGUAACACCGAAUAUUGAUAGGCUUGCGAGGAAAAGUACUAUUUUUACUAGAGCUUAUGCACAGCAAGCUUUAUGUGCACCAAGUAGGAACUCGUUGCUGACAAGUAGGAGGCCGGAUUCUCUUUAUUUGUACGACACUCACAGCUACUGGAGAGUGGCCGCUGGAAAAUUCACCACAAUUCCUCAGCAUUUCAAAAAUAAUGGAUUUACCACUGCUUCAUUCGGGAAAAUUUUCCAUCCAGGGGCGACAUCAAACUAUAAUGAUGACACCCCUUACAGUUGGAGUGAACCAGUUUUCCACCCUUCCACCCUGAAGUACAAAAACAAAAAAGUGUGCGUGGACGAAUCAGGCAAGGUAGGAAAAAAUUUAAUUUGCCCUGUUGAGCCGGAAUUUCAGCCCGAAGGAACUUUGCCUGAUAUGCAAACUGCUGCAGCGGCUGGAAAUUUUUUGCGCACUUACAACAAAUCGAAUCCGUUUUUCUUGGCCGUCGGUUUCCACAAACCGCACAUCCCGCUGAAAUUUCCUAGAAUAUUCUUGAAAAGCCACCCAAAAAGUGACAUAAGUCGACCUGUACCAGAAUUGUGGCCAGCAGGAAAUUCUCCUAUUUCUUGGAAUCCCUGGACCGAUCUCAGAGAACGGGACGACGUGAAAAGUUUAAAUCUCACUUUUCCUUUUGAUCCGAUUCCUGUGGAUUUUGGCCAAACCAUUCGGCAACACUAUUUUGCUGCAGUUUCAUUUAUUGACGAUCUUGUUGGAAAUUUAAUCAAAAGCUUAAAAGAAGCCAAUUUUGAUGAAAAUACCGUUCUUGUAAUUUUUGGCGACCACGGAUGGUCUCUUGGAGAGCAUGGUGAAUGGGCAAAAUACAGUAAUUUUGAAAACGCACUUCGCGUGCCCUUAAUAAUUUUUGACCCUUCAUUUAACGCUCAUCAAUCUGUGCGUCGGGGAAAAAGUUUCAUCCGUGACGAUUUGGUGGAGCUUUUGGACAUUUUCCCAACUCUUAGUGACCUUGCUGACCUGCCGAAAGUACCGCCCUGCGAAAAGGGACACUUCGCUGAUCUCUGCACCGAAGGCCGAUCCCUGGCGCCUCUGCUAUACUCGCAGGAAAAGGUUCAAAAGUGGCGAGAGGGCGCGUAUAGUCAGUACCCGCGGCCCAAUGAUUAUCCGCGGGAAAAUAGCGACCAGCCUAAAUUGAGAGAUAUCAAGUUCAUGGGCUACACCGUGAGGACCAAAGAGCACCGAUAUACGCAGUGGGUCAAGUUUCAGGACCUGUCGCCGCACUGGAACGUUACAAAGGGCGAAGAAUUGUACGACCACUCAAUCGAUCCUCAUGAGGCGAUUAAUCUUGCAGAAAGGGUGGAAAUGAGAACUGUUAAGAAAGAGUUGCAGAAAAUUCUACAAAACCAAUUUAAUAAAAAAUUAAAUUAGUAGCAGAGGCAGAUAAAGGCUAUUAUAACAAGUUUUUUUUUUUUUAGACAUUUAUUUAAAUUCCUCUCGAAUAAUUGUAAAUAAGGUACAUUUAAAAAAAAAUUCUUAUAAAUUGUAUAUAAAUUUUUUUGUAUCAAUGUGGACAAAUAAACAACAAUGAUAAUUUUUUUUAAUAUCAAAAAAUAUUAAAAUGCCAAUA